AUGGCUUAUUGCUCUCCAACCGAUCAAUUAUCUUAUCUAGACACCCCAGAAUUCUACUAUAUUGCCUUGCACUUUUUGGGAUUUAUCGCAAUACCAUUGCAUUUAUUUGGAGCCUACUGUAUCAUGUUCAAGACUCCUUCAUCUAUGAGUUCAGUGAAACCCAGCAUGUUGAACUAUCAUUUUUGGACUUUCAUCGUGGACCUGGUAUUCAGUAUCCUAGUCUGUCCAUAUUUCAUAUUUCCAGUCUUCGGAAUCGUCCCGCUAGGAAUACUUCAACAACUAGGAAUCAGUGUACCCAUUCAAAUGUACAUAACUUUGACUGCUGCCGUUUUCUUGUUUUUCUCUGGUGUUCUAAUCUUAGAAAACCGAUAUGUGAUAAUUACAAAUUCAAAUAAAACAUGGAGACGUCUCAGAGUUCCAUGGCUUAUCGGAAUGGGUAUUUACGCAGUUUUGGUGUUUUUACCGGUUUAUUUGAACAUUCCUGAGGAUCAGAAAUCAGCGAAACAGGUGGCUUAUGAGAAACUCCCAUGUCUUCUGCCUGAAAUCCGUUCAGCUGCUUUGUUUAUUAUCGCCGAGGAUUUUCUAGUAACGUACUUUUCUGGAAUGGCCAUGCAACUCAUUGUCUUGAUGCACUCACUUAUAUUCACUGGAUACACUCAUUGGACACUGAAAAAGGAAUCAUCACGACUAUCCAAUAAGACACUGAAACUUCAGAAACAAUUUCUUAGAGCGGUUUAUAUACAAAUGGCUGUUCCAGUAUUCACCCUACAAGCGCCAUUAACUUUCAUUGGCAUCGACAAUUUGUUCAAGAACAGGUGUGAAGAAGUCGUCGAUUAG